AUGGCCGACUCUAAGCCCGAGAGAAGGCACUUCGACCUCAUCAAGCGCGGCGUCAAGAAGCCCAAUGUUCCGGGUACCCUCACUUUCAUCGGCCUUCGUGGCCUCGACCCGUUUCUCCAGUACCAGCUCGUCGCCGGCGGCCUGGGCGCCUCUAUCCUAGGCAAAGUCGGCGUGAGCUCCAUCCCCCUCAACAUCGCCGCGCUCUCCACGACGAGCUUCUCCCUCCUCGACAAUCUCCACCUCCCGCUGCCGCACCUGAUACUCCUGGGCAUGUCCGUCGGAUCCUUCGUUAAGCAGGCUUACUGGCUCGUCGCGCUUUCAGCUGAGGAGUUCCCCGUCUCCAGCGCCGUCAGCGUGAGCUUCUACAACAACCUUGUCAACAGCGCGAACUCGCUUCUCCUCCUCGCCGCCUCCACCUCCGUUCUCACAUCGCCCCGCGACUUCCCCGGCACCGCCCUGCCCUACCAGGUCGUCCUCGGAAGCAUCCUCUACGCCGUCGGCAUGUUUCUCGAAACCGCCUCCGAGUGGCAGCGCAAGCAGUUCAAGGACCGCCCCGAAAACCAGGGCAAGGUCAUCAAGACUGGGCUCUGGAGCUGGGCGCGCCACAUCAACUACGGCGGCUACGCCAUGUGGAGGGCCGGUUACUGCAUGGCCGCUUCGGGCUUCAUUGGCGGCACCAUUAUGGGCGUGUGGCAAGCAGUUGAUUUCCUCGCGCGCGGUGUGCCGGCGUUGAACGAGUACUGCUCGAAGCGGUAUGGUGAGCAGUGGACCCAGUUCAAGAAGGAGGUGCCCUGGGUUUUGAUCCCGGGUAUCUAUUAG